CAAGCACGCCCUCAUCGGUCAAACAAAUUCAAGAUGGCGGCCUCCAUGAGACUGCGGCUUCAUUUUGAUGGGAAUGUUUGUACGCAGUUAUCACCGAGAAAAUGCUGGUUCUUGGUGAAUUUAGACAACUGCAAUAUCGUUGCCGAUUUAGAGUACUUGAUAAGAGAACGAUUCCAGCUCGAUCGGGGCUUGAAUAUCCAUUUGUACCUUGAUGAUUUUCUGCUCCCAUCAAUGGAGAAAAUUCACGUGAUUCGAGAUAACGACACGCUAUGGGUUAAACUUACUGAAAUUGAAGAUCAUCUGCUGCAGAGACUUGAUGCAUCACCAACACCACCCAGUGAACCGAAUGCCAAUGAAGAGAUUUUGUCCACUCCAGAAAGGCAACAAAAGAAGAGAUCAAAGAGUAAAACUAAGAAGAGGAAGUCUUCUUCUAGAAGCCCAGAAAAUAGCCACAGAAAACAAAAAAGUUGCAAGUUUGACAACAAUCUUGACCAGGAGACAGUGGGUGCAGAUGGUAUCAGGGUUCAGACCAAGAGACAAAAACUGCGACACAAGAAAAAACUAUCAAAUGAAAAGACAAAGGAUUUUGACAAAGAACAAAGGGUUGAUUAUUCUGACGAGAGUCUCAAACCCACACUGCAGCACUGUGAUGCUUCAGAUGAUGUUGAUAAAACCAACACAACUUUGAAAUCAAAGACAGGUAGCAGUCAAGAUCAUCAAAAGAAACCGGGUAAAAAGCCAUCAAAACAAGAUUCACCUACUACAACAUCAAAAAGCAAAAGGAAAGAAAAAAAGAGAAGUAAAGCGGGGACUGAGAGAAAUCAUGACAAUCUCAAAAAAGCAAAACUAGGUGAGAGGUCGAGUGAGGGUUCAAACUCAUCCAAGAAACAUGAAUCUGCCUCGGAGACGAGGAAUUUUGUUGACAAAGGCAGUGAAAAGCAGGGUAAGGUUGCAAAAUUGUCUGGUGUGGUAUCAAAUGGGUCAACACCUAAACUCACAGAUGCUGUCACUUCUGGUGGAAGCCAGGAUGGGAUAGUUGAGGCAACCGCUGACCAAAGUUCUAGUGAUGGAAGAAAAAUGCUAAAUGGUCCGAGAAAAAAUAAAUUGACACCAGUUUGCCUCUCAGUGGGUCAUAUUCGUUUUGAUUCAGCAUCAGAGUCGGAUUCUAACUCAUCCUCUGAAAACCUGGAUCAAGUCAUUGAAGAGCCUGCCAAGAAGGUAAAGAAUAAAGAGCAAAUAAACUCGGAAAUAGUUUCAGAGAACUCUGUAGAGAAAUCGCCAACUGCUUCUGACCAGCCGUUGACUGAGUAUAGAACUACAGAGGGAUCAGUGCCUGCUCCUUCAGAAAGAGACAUUCUGGAAGUACAACCUCCGCCCUCUGGUCAAGUCACCAAUAAGGGACAGUUUCAAAGGAACAGCAGUCCUUCUCCAAGAGGAGCAUUCGGUGCCAGAGGGAGGGGAUUUGCUAUAGGGAACAGGGGGAACUGGGACAAGAAGAGCCAAUUUGCAGCAGUCCAGAGCAACAAGUCGGUCAUCAUUCAGAAUAGCCCAGCAGAACCUGCACCUCCACCUAAGGACUUCACCUCCUUCCCUUCACUGGUUGGUCCUCCUAGACAAGGUGACGUCAUUGCUUACAAGAUCCUGGAGUUAUCUGAAUCUUACUGCCCAGAGUUAUCAGACUUCAAGGAGGCCACAGUUUUGAGCGUUGAUGUGCCAAGUGGCAAGGUGGAGGUUGAACUGCCGUCAGUUGCCAUGGUAACCAAACCUUCCAAACAAGGGAAAUUUGACCUGCAGUGGGAGGAUGAGGAAGACUCCGAGGCUGUCUGCAGUGACAAGAUUGACCAACAUUUAACGGUGUGCUUGCAGCUGCAGGAUCUUGUUGAUCCACGCCUCGUUCCGUCAACAUCCGCUUAGAUCAAUGAAGUCCAUCAACAGAAGUCCACAUCAGAACCAGGUGUUGUGGAAGCCACACGAAACAGCUUUUCAUUUCCAGAAGUACAUACAUGUACUUUUGUUUCAGACAGGCAAACACCGUGCCUUAAAUUUUGAUUGAAAGGGCAAUGCUUAUCAAAUUUUGUGAGGUCAUUCUUCCGUAGAGCUAUGUGUACGUGUUCUACAUAACCCCCGAGGACCGACACUCAAAGGGAGAACAACAAAUCCUUUCAGUCCUCAGGAGUUGGGUCUUUUGUUGGAAACAGUCCUCUGUAGUAAGUUUGUGUGCUUAGUCUACUGGAGAGGGUUAUAUAUCAGGGACAAAGGAAAACACAAAGCAUUGUCCUCGAGAGUAUAGUAAAACAAGAGUGUGUGCUCAUGCUUUAGGUUCGGCUCAAAUCUGAAAUCAGUUUGCUUCAGAGUUUUCUAAUAGACUAAAACCGUCCAUCUUUGACUUCGUUGAAACUUCUUUGUCACAACUCUGGGAUACAAAUGUUUUUUUUAUAACAACUUGUCGGUCUAAACUUCUUUUAAUGUACUGCCUAAAGUCCAGCAGACGAUUUCACGACACAAGUGCUUAACUAAUGCCAUGCGUAGUACUUACGCAACAGAUUCGUUGCGCAGCUACACAAUAAAAUUAUGAUCGAUUUCACGAAACUUGGUGUAGCUGUGCAACGUUUUAAUACUGUAAUCGAAACGUCUUGGACGAGGACAAUAACAGCAUUGUCAACGGCUUUUUGUGUAUGAUUUUGUUCGGUCAUGAAACAGUCGUUGAAUCCCCUCUGACCGCCAUUUUGAGAAAUGAAAUUGUCCGACUUUCUUUGGAAUCGUGCAACAACUUUAAAAAAUCUGUCACAAGUAAAAUAGCAAUUAAUGUACCUCAAACACAAAGCUGUGAGUGUCUUGUAUCAACCUUGAUACGGUUAUGAUUUGCUUGUUAAAUAUUUCAUU